ACCGCUCCUGGGGGGCUGGUUACGGGCAGAGCCCCCCACCCCCCCUUUCUGGCCGGCCUCCCCUUCCCGGACGGGCGGCAGGUCCCCCGUCUCCCACCCCAUCAUGUGGAGGGCACCCGUCCUGCUCCUGCUGGGCCAGGCUUUCGCCUCCGCCUUUUCCAGCACCCCCCACAGGCAGCAGCCCCAUGCACCACCGGCGGGACAAGUGUUCCUGGGUGCAGACGCCGCGCAGGGGUUCUUGGGGCGCCGGCUCCUCUACAAUCACUGGGACUUCGAGCUGGUGACGCCGGGGAACCUGGAGCGCGAGUGCUGGGAGGAGGUUUGCAACUACGAGGAGGCCCGGGAAGUCUUUGAGAACGACUUUGCAACAAAAGCCUUUUGGAACACUUACCCCCACAACGGGAAAGGCGGGAGCUCAGACAGCCCCGGGCUGGACGUGGCCGGGCUGGUGGCCGGGCUGGUGGCCGGGCUGGUGCUGAUGAUCAUGGUCGGCGUCGUUGCCAUGUACUGGGUCAAGUACCGGUCCAAGGAGCGCAGGCAGCACAGCGUCCAUGUCCCCCUGAACCCUGACGUGCCCCUGACCUGCCUCCCUGGGGACCCCAAGCCUCUGGGCCCCCCCGGGCUGCCCUCGUACCAGGAGGCACUGGAGGCAUCGGGAGUCCACGACGCGCCCCCCCCGCCUUAUCCCAGGGCUCCCAGCUCUUCUGCCCAGCCCCACUGAUCAGACCCACAGCCACUGGAUCGCUGCUGGGAGGGAGAUGGGGCGAGUGUGCGUCCGUGGGACAUGAUGAGUGUGUGGAUGAAUGUGCAAGAGGCAUGGUGAGUGUGCAAGUGGGGUGAAUGCAUGGGUGAGUGUAUGAGGUGAGUGCAUGCAUGAGGCACAGGGGUGCUUGCAAAGGGGGUGCAAGGCAGGAGGUACAUGGGACUGGGGUGAGUGUGCAAGGCUGGGAGGCGCAUGUGAUGGAGGCGUGUAUGCAAGGCACAUGGGUGCACGUGAGUGAGAGACAUGAGGGUGCAUGUGAGAGAUGUGGGGUGAGUGUGUAAGGCUGAGGGCAUAUGUGAUGGGGAGCGGGUGUGCAAGAUACACAGGGGUGUAUGAAGUGGAGGGAGUGUGCAAGGAUGGGGGACAUGAUGGGAAGCAGGUGUGAGAGACAUUGGGGCAUGUAUGGGAUGAGUGUGCGAGGCUGGGGCAUGUGUAACGGGGACGGGUGAGUGUGCCAGACACGGGGGCAUGUGUGGUGGGAAUGGAUGAGUGAGAGACAGCAGGUGAGUGCAUCCCAGCGGGCGAGACGCAAGUCUGCGUGUGGAGGAGUGAGGGGACACAAGCACGCCGGGUGGUGUGACAGGGUGAGUGUGAGGAUGAAGCAUGUGUGCAAGGCACAAGCGCAUGCGUGUGCCACGAGUGGCGCCUGACAGAGUGCAGGGCACUGGGAGUGCACCUGGCCCCCCAGCCCUCUGGAGCCCGAACUAUCCCAUUCGGCGGCACAGAGGAGCUGGCCGGGGAUGGCCCCGAUUCCCCUGGAGCCUGCUGCACCGGGGCUGGGACCCCGCCUCCCGCGCCGGGAUUGUUGUCAGCGAAAUAAAGCGCCAGCCGUUUGCUAGAA